CCUAGGGGAGACCCCGGAACACUUCCGGGAGGCAAUUUUCUGAAGUAUCUGUGAUGUGUGCCCCCAGCAGCUUCCAGGGUGCUUCCUCGGCCCCUGGGACCACCGGGCUGAAGUAGGGACCAAAGAACUGGGGUCCCAGCAGCCCACCGAUCGUUGGGCCCAGCAAUUUCUAGCCAUGGACCGGGACCUUCUGCGGCAGUCACUGAAUUACCACGGGCCGUCAUUGCUUUCCCUGCUCCGGAACGAACAACAGGACAAUCCGCACUUCCGGAGCCUUCUGGGGACUGCAGCUGAGCCUGCCCGGGGACCCCCGCCCCAGCAGCAGAUACCGGGCAGAAAAGAGAAGAAAGUUGACAACAUUGAAAUACAAAAAUUCAUUUCCAAAAAAGCAGAUCUGCUUUUUGCACUUUCCUGGAAAUCAGAUGCACCCGCAACUUCUGAAAUUAGUGAAGACAAUGAAGAUCAUUAUGCCGUCAUGCCACCCUUAGAGCAGUUCAUGGAGAUACCUAGUAUGGAUCGGAGAGAGCUGUUUUUCCGAGAUAUUGAGCGUGGUGACAUAGUGAUUGGAAGGAUUAGUUCCAUUCGGGAAUUUGGAUUUUUCAUGGUGUUGAUUUGUUUAGGCAGUGGCAUCAUGAGAGAUAUAUCCCACUUAGAAAUCACAGCUCUUUGUCCUUUAAGAGAUGUGCCUUCUCACAGUAACCACGGGGAUCCUUUAUCAUAUUACCAAACAGGUGACAUCAUUCGAGCUGGAAUCAAAGAUAUUGACAGAUACCAUGAAAAGCUUGCAGUAUCUCUGUAUAGCUCAUCUCUUCCACCACACCUAUCUGGUAUUAAAUUAGGUGUAAUUAGUUCUGAAGAGCUUCCUUUGCACUACAGGAGAGGUGUUGAACUAAAUAGCAAUUCUUUGGAAUCCUACGAAAAUAUCAUGCAGAGUUCCUUGGGAUUUGUAAAUCCAGGAGUAGUUGAAUUCCUUCUAGAAAAGCUAGGAAUAGAUGAAUCUAAUCCACCAUCUUUAAUGAGAGGCCUGCAAAGCAAAAAUUUCUCUGAAGAUGAUUUUGCUUCUGCAUUAAGAAAGAAACAGUCUGCAUCUUGGGCUUUAAAAUGUGUGAAGAUUGGAGUUGAUUAUUUUAAGGUUGGACGCCACGUGGAUGCAAUGAAUGAAUACAAUAAGGCUCUAGAAAUAGACAAACAAAACGUGGAAGCUUUGGUAGCUCGGGGAGCAUUAUAUGCAACAAAAGGAAGUCUGAACAAAGCAAUAGAAGAUUUUGAGCUUGCUUUAGAAAACUGUCCAAAUCACAGGAAUGCAAGAAAAUAUCUCUGCCAGACACUUGUAGAAAGAGGAGGGCAGUUAGAAGAAGAAGAAAAGUUUUUAAAUGCUGAAAGUUACUAUAAGAAAGCGUUGGCUUUAGAUGAGACUUUCACGGAUGCAGAGGAUGCUUUGCAGAAACUUCAUAAAUACAUGCAGAAAUCUUUGGAAUUAAGAGAAAAACAAGCUGAAAAGGAAGAAAAGCAGAAAACAAAGAAAAUAGAAACAAGUGCAGAAAAAUUGCGUAAGCUCUUAAAAGAAGAGAAAAGGCUAAAGAAGAAAAGAAGAAAAUCAACUUCUUCUUCAAGUGUAUCUUCUGCUGAUGAAUCAGUUUCUUCUUCAUCUUCUUCCUCAUCUGAUCACAAAAGGCAUAAGAAACAUAAGAAGAACCGUUCAGAGUCUUCUCGAAGUUCCAAAAGGCAUUCAGCAAAGACAUCCUCAAAUCAGAUAGAUCAGAAUAGGAAAGAUGAGUGCUUCCUAGUUCCAGCCAAUACUUCAGCAUCUUUUCUUAACCAAAAACAAGAAGUGGAGAAACUACUGGAAAAGCAGGAUAGGUUACCAUAUCACAAGAAACAGGUAAAAGAAAAAGAUAGAUGUCCUUUCUCCUCUUCAGUUGAAAUUCCGGAUGAUUUUGGAGGUAGGUCUGAAGAUCCAAGAGACUUUUAUAAUACCUAUAAAACUCAGGCAGGUGGUAGCAAAACAGAAAAGCCAUAUAAAUCAGAAAGACAUUUUUCCAGAAGAGAUUCCUCAGAUUCCUUCUGUAGGAAUUCAGAGGACAAGAUAAAAAUGUCUGGUUAUAAAAGAUUUGAAAAAGAAUCAGAGGGAAGAAAAGAGCACAGUAGAAGGUGGGAGCCAGGUCCUGUGAGGUAUUCUACUUCACCGGCAAGUUCAGACUACUCUUGGAAGUCAGUUGAAAAGUAUAAAAAAUACUCUUAUUCUGGAUCACGUGAUUUCAGUAGACAUGAGCAAAGAUACCAAUUAAAUAAAAAUCAAGUAGAAUAUGAAAGAGAGGGUAAUUAUGAGGAAGAUACUAAAACAGAGGUUCCAGGUGAAGCUGAACUAAAUAGCAAAGAGCAGUCAGAAAGUGGAGUUAAAAAAAAUUUACCUCAGAAUUUACUCAACAUAUUUAAUCAGAUAGCUGCAUUUGAGAAAGAAAAAGGAAAUAAGCCAAAAAAUUAAUAUGCCAAGGGAAUUAGCACCAUCUCACUAAGGCUGUUAAUGAAAGUUUUGGAUCUUUCAGUCAUAACAGUCCAGUGCAGAAAUCUCUGCUCCUAACUAUUUGUAGAGGUGGCAGAAGGCAAACAUUUUUCAGCUAUUUUCAAAGUACACUUGUUUCCAUUAUAGAUCCCCUUUUCACAGCUUGAUUUUUAGGUUUUUCAUGUGUAUGUUUAUGUACAGUAUUUCUUGCAAUGAUGAUUUAAACUUCACCUAAUGGUAAUUCUCAAAGUAUUAUAUCCCUAUUGUACUGUGGGUAUGAAAAUCGUUUGGGUCCAGCUUAUUCUGCUGUUUGAAGGAAAAUUAAAUUUGUGCGUUGAACAUUUGGAUUGUUUUCAUCAAAAGUUAUUUUAUUCUCUUUUCUGUUAAAUUAAAAGCCCUCAGCUUUUGAAAGAGAUACAUUUGAAUGUUCCGUAAGUACCAGUUUAUAUUCAUCAGAAUGAAUAUUAAAAUUUUUUGUAUAAUGUGUAUUUUUAGAAGGUAGACAUUAUCUGUCUUGUCUAAUUGGCCUCUAAAGCUUAAUUUAAUUAAAAAUGGUUUGUGUAUCAGCUUGACAAGUACCUUAGGAAUAAAGCCAUGAAAGUUGAA